GAUAAGACGAGAAGCAAAAGCAAAAAUCGAAGUCGCAAGGAGAAAAGAAAGUAGCAAAAAAUGGGGAUAGGCGGCGGAGGAGAGCAGAGGAAAAGCGGUGGCGAAAUGAUGGCGAUGGCUAGCUUGUUCAACGAUCAGCAAAACCCAGUUCAGCAGCUACAGGUCAAAUUCAAGGAGGUGGAAGUUGGUUUCAAGACGUGGUUGUCGAAGCAGUCGCUUCCGGUGGAAGCCGCCGUCGUUUCAACCAUGAGCGGUGUACAGGGAGCUUUCAUCGGCGGUCUCAUGGGAACACUAUCCCCUGAAAUGCCUCAGUCCGGCGUUGACCCUCAAGCCAUGGCCUCGAUGAGCAAGCUCAGGUUCCAUUCCGCUCUUGUGGGUGGACCAUGGGUCCAGGCUCGUAAUUUUGCUGCCAUUACUGGUGUAAAUGCUGGAAUUGCCUGCGUAAUGAAACGCAUUAGAGGCAAAGAGGAUCUUGAGUCUGCCGUGGUUGCAGCGUUAGGAUCUGGAUUCGCGUACUCUUUGGUGAGCCAAGGCUUGCAAGGUCAACCUCUUAAUGCAAUCACCACCGCUGCAGGUUUUGCUGUUUUCCAGGGAAUAUUUUUUAAGUUAGGAGAAAGAUUCUCUAAACCGAGCCCUGAAGACCCGUUUUACACACGAUCAAGAACUAUGCUAUUAAAGCUAGGUCUACAAAAGUAUGAGAAGAACUUCAGGAAAGGACUUCUAACAGAUCCCACCUUGCCAUUGCUCACCGACAGCGCGUUAAGAGAUGUGAGCAUCCCACCAGGGCCAAGGCUUCUGAUACUAGACCAUAUUCAGAGGGAUCCUGAGAUAAAGGGCAAACGUGGGAAGUAGUAAUUGAGUGUUCUAUUUAUAUGGUCAUCACCAGAAUCUUUCUGUUUUAGCAGUAAGGAUCUUCAGACACAAAUGUAAUGUUUUUUUUUUUUUUUUAUGUAGCUGCUUCUACUAGCAAUGUUUGAUUCUCUUUAUAUUGAAAAUAUUUUGUCGCAAAGUAAACUAAAUUAUACUCUCUCCAUUUCAUAAAGAGUGUCGU